AUGUCUGGGUACAAGCGCAUGCGGAGACAGCACCAAAAGCAGCUGAUCGCGUUAGAGAACAGGCUGAAGGCCGAGAUGGACGAGCACCGUCUGAGGCUGCAGAAGGAGGCGGAGACUCAGGCCAACAACACCUGCAUCGAGCUGGAGCGGCUGGCCAAGAGGCAGGCCUCGCAGACCGACAAGGAGAUGAAGACGUCAGCGUCGGAGGAGAGAAGGAUCCAGCAGCAGAUCGUGGCUCAGCAGAAGAAAGAACUCGCCGUUUUACUGGAGAAUCAGAAGAAAGAAUACAGACUGUGCAAGGACCUGUUCAAGGAGGAGAUGAGCGAGGACCCGUGCACGCCGAAAGAGCAGAAGCAGGAGCGCCUGUCGAGGCACAAGGAGGAGGUGCAGCGGUCGCAGGCGGAGGAGGAGGCGCAGGUCCUGACCCAACAGAGACUGGUUUAUGAACGGAGCUGCCGGGCCCUGAGGAGGCGGGCCCUGCUCCACCGGCACCACUUCGAACAGGAGCAGAUCAGAGAGGAGCUGAAUAAGAAGCGCACACAGAAGGAGAUGGAGCAGGCGCUGCUGAUUCGCCACGAUGAGUCCACUCAGGAGCUGGAGCAGAGGCAGCUGCAGACGCUGCAGAAGCUGCGGCUGGAGCUGAUGCGGCUGCAGCACCAGACCGAGCUGGAGAACCAGGAGGAGUACAACAACCGGCGCCAGAGAGAGCUCCACCGGAAACACUCUGUGGAGAAACGGCAGCAGCCCAGGGACCUGAAGGCGGUGGAGAUGCAGAUAAAGAAGCAGUUCCAGGACACGUGCAAAGUCCAGAACAAACAGUACAAGGCUCUGAAGAAUCACCAGCUGGAGGUUUCUCCCAAAGGCGACCACCGGAGUCUGCUGCGGAGCCUGAAGGAGGAGCAGACCCGCAAGCUGGCCGUGCUGGCGGAACAGUACGAGCACAGCAUCAACGACAUGAUGGCGUCUCAGGCGAUGCGGCUGGAGCAGGAGCAGGCCUCGGAGCUGGUGGCCCUGGACCAGCAGCUGAAGCAGGAGAUGGAGCUGCUGGACGAGUACCAGAGGAAGACCGAGGCCCAGACCCUCUCCCAGCACCAGAGAGAGCUCCACAAGCUGCAGCAGAAGGUCUCCAUACGCCGGGCGCACCUGGAACAGAAGAUCGAAGAGGAACUAGCAGCCCUUCAGAAAGAACGUACGGAGAGGAUCAAGCAGCUGUUUGAGCGACAGGACAGAGAAAUACACACUUUUGACGCCGAGAGCCGCAGCCUGGGCUUCGGCAGCCUGGGGUCCAUAGACUUCCCCAAAGAAGACAAUAGAUGA